UCAGUGUUAGGGGGCUGAAACUUGCCCCACUUUGGCCUGACGUUGAAAGCUACCCAGCGUUCCAAUUGUCAGGACCGUAUCUUAUCCGGGUCAAGAGAUGCAUUGAAAAACCUCAAAAUCUAAUUAUUUUCAGUUUUUGUCACGCCUCACCAACACACAGAUUGACCAGAGAAGUGAGAGGAGUGCGAGAUUAUCCGGUGUGAAUAAAGAUCAAUUUCUGCCACGACAACAACGUUUCUGUUCUCACUCCCUUGCUGUGGAUUACCCUCACUUUCUCUACACUAUAACCCGGAAGUGGUAACUAUGUCGAUCGACCUAUAUCAUGACGAAAUGGCCCGCUUACUGACCGUCCGCUGCAGAGAUAUAUUUCUCAACGGCGGGGACCCUACGGUUUGGACGUCUCGUUUGAGCGACUUCGUACCUGUACAGGAUACACCAACUCUACACGACAGGAGCUCUUUUGUGUUUCAUACGGACAUGGGGGAAUCAGUACCUGACCCAGUUACAUUCCUGCAGAACAAUGGCGCCCAGUUCCUAGUGUAUAGUGUAGACUUUGACCAGCGAGUACUCGGGCUUGUUAAAGUGCAGGAAGGUAUUGAUAUCAGGAAGGCACCAUUUGUAUAUCAGGCACAACGUGAAAACGCAGAGGAGCUGUUGCUCCUUUCCUUCGACGUACUUCCAAAAGUGGCAGAUGCGCUGACAGGAACUCGCGCAACGGUUAAGAACAUUUUCCUGUAUAACACUGGACGCUGUGGCUCAACUUUGAUGUGUAAAUGUAUGGACGUCAUCAAUGACGUGCAAGCCGUAUCAGAACCCGAUGUCUUCCAGGUGAUCAUUGAGCGUGUUUGCACCAGACACGUACCUUUAACUUCUGAUGAUAAGGAUGAGAUCAUAAUGUUGCUGAGAUGCAGCGUCAUCCUCCUCAACUUCUACUUCCAACAACAGGACCCGUCAAAGACAGUCAUCUGCUACAAGUUUCGAAGCGAGGUCAUUUUCAUCGCUGACCUCCUGCAGAAAGCUGCACCAGAGGCAAAGACAAUCUUCAUGUACAGAGACCUUCCCGGCUUUUAUGACUCUUAUAUGAAUCUGUUAUUCAAUGGUAGCUAUUGGCGCUACCUUUUUGAAACCACUUUGAGGUUGGAUGUACUAUUUCGAAUUCCAAGGACCAAGACAAAUUAUCGAUCUUCAUAUUUUCUGUUGAACAUCCGCGUAUGAUCACAUGUCCUGUCACACACGGCAUGCAUUUUGUUUAUGUUGCUCUUUGGAUCUUGCAGAUGCAAAAAGCAUUUGAUCUUACUAAAGAACAUUCAGGAAACCUCUUCCAUGCGUGCCUCACAUUCAACCAACUCUUGGAAUACAAAGAACGAAUCGUCCUCAAGGUUUUACAGAAACUUGAUGUGGAUGUUCCAUCUGAUUUUGACGGUUCCAAGAUCAGAGAGAUUUUUGGUGUUGAUAGUCAGAAAGGUAGCGCCAUGCAGAGUGAGAGAAGGAAGGGCAACAAGAUAAGAAGUUCCUGGGUGGGUUCCUGGGAGAGGAAUCUCUUCUCAACUGUUCUGGGACAUUUUAACGGAGAUGUCGAUGAGCCAGAUUGUAUCAUGCCAAACACUGUCACCAUGGCUAUCGAUUGACAACCUUCAAAAUAAUUUCGAGUACAUCCCACAAAACAAUUCCAUCCCUUCUUAGUUGGAAUAUCUUUGUAGAAUCAAUCUUACAUCAUAAGUCAGGGUAUAAUCUUAUGAUUCAGGUCCGACAUACACAUUACAACUUACAACGUUGU